AUGCAAGCCGACUUUAUGAAGGUCUACGACCAGAAAUUCAAUGGUCGGUCGAUUUCCUCCGCCGUCAAACUAUGCCAGCACAGAGCAUAUAGUCUGCUCUAUGCUGACGGCUUAGCCUUGACCAUUGAGGAGAGGCUCGACCAAUCCUUACGGACACCGGGGGACCUGGUCCGAGCCCUAUGGCUUGUGCAGGCCACCUGCACCUCUUCUAUUGACUGUCCCGGUGUGAAGAAGGCUAACGACGGAGAGAGGGAGUGA